CCCAUUAAUCUGCCGUCUCUCUCUCUCUCUCCCCCCUCCCCCCAGGCGCAAUGUACAACGGCAUAGGGCUUCAGACGGCCCGAGGCUCCGGCACUAAUGGAUAUGUUCAGCGCAACCUGGCUCUCGUUCGCACCACUAAGUCUAAGAUCGACUUCAGGACAGAGGAGGAGCUGCAGGCGGCGGCAGAGGGGGCCAUGCGGGGACCCAAUCCCGAGAUCCUACAGCAUGCAAAGAAGCGAGCCUUGGAGCUGAAGUGUGCCGAGAUGCAGGACUUGAUGAAGGAGCAGGGGUACAGUGAGGCCGAGGUGGAGAAGAAGGUGGCCCAGUUUCGCAGCAUGUUGACGGAGAGAGAACAGAACAAUGCCACGUCCGCUACGCCCAAGGACCAGUUUGGACGGCCCGCCGUCCGGGAGACACACGCCCUUGCUGAAGCCCAACAGGAGAAGAACUCACGACUCAAGGAAGCUUUCGGCAUAUCCGAGUAUUUUGUCGAAGGCUCCUCUCUCGACCCAAACCGCAAGGCCAAGGAGGAGCUAGCCAGGGCCGCGGCAGAGGGGGCGGCGGCCAUCCCUACUGCUGGGGGGAAGAAGCGGUAUGGGUGGGUGAAUACUCCCUCCCCAUCACCAGAGCGUACGCCGUCAGCAGCACCUCAGGCCACUGCAGGCAAGCGCGACAAGAAGGAGAAGAAGAAGAAGAAGAAGCGUUCACGUGAUAGGUCCUCCAGUGCUGAGUCAUCGAGGAAAAAACAACAUAAAGGAAAAAAGGGAAAGCAUAGCAGGAGUGACUCACCGAAGAGGAAGAAGAGGGACACGAAGAAGAAGAAGAAGGAGAAGGCAAAGAGGCGUCACCGUUCCUCCUCUACCUCCUCCUCUUCCUCCUCCUCCUCCUCCUCGUCCUCCUCCAGCUCCUCCUCCUCCUCCUCCAGCUCAGAGUCGGACAGUGGAGUGAGGGCAGCGAAGGGCAGCAAAAGACGCCGCUCGGACAGCCCCAGCACCUCAGACACCCGGAGGAAGAGAAGCGACAGCCACCACCGCCACUCCCAUAAGAGGCCACACCACCACCACCACCACCACCACCGCCGCAACACCACUACCCACCACCGCCACCACCAUGCUGAGAGCUCCCCAGAAGCCCCACGGCCCCGCAGCAAGCGCCACACAUCCCCCAGCCCCGACCCACCACUGCAGGAAGCCCCAAGAGCAAAGGAGAGGAGAGCAGGACAGGAUGCAGAGAAGGAGCAGGAUGGCUGGGGAAAGGAGAAGGACCUAUCUGGGGAGGGGAGAGGCAACAGCAGUGACUUGAGCCCCCAUCCCCCGCACCUCCCCCAGCAGAAAGGCCUCAAGGGCACCCCCCAGUCAGAAACCCAGUCACCCUCUGUGGUAACCCAGGACAAGACCCACAAAGCCGCAACCAUCCCUUGUGGCUCCAUCCCUUUGCCUAAGCCGCCCGCCAAGCCACCGCCCCAGGGUAAGACAAGCCCCCAGGCCAUCCAGACCCCUGUGGCAGCCCCGCCCCGCCCCCCUGACCCCACACGCCCACUGGAACUCCCACGGCCACCCCAGAAUGGUCAGCACUCAGCGCGGAAUGCAAUGAUGAGGGUCAGCAGUCCAUCACGAUAUAGAAGGCCUCUCUCCAGUGCCACUCUCUCACCAGCCCACAGCCCAGACUCCCGCAGCACAGGCACCCCCAGGCGCUCCUCCCACUCUUCCUCCUCCUCCCGCUCCGCCUCCUCCUCCCGCUCCCCCUCCCGCUCCCGCUCCAGGUCACGCUCCAGAUCCCAGACCAGGUCACGCUCCCACUCCAGGUCACUGAGGUCAGGGUCCAGGUCAGCCUCAAGGUCACCCUCCAGGUCGCGCUCCAAGUCUUACUCAAGGUCACACUCCCGCAGCAGGUCACGAGGCCGCUCCAGGUCGCGCUCAAGGUCAUAUGGAGGUCGGUACAGCAGGUCAGCCUCAAGGUCAAGAUCACGAACUAGGUCAAGGUCAUUGUCCAUACCCAGGAGGAGAGGGUCACCUUCUUUCCUGGACAAGAGGAGGAUAACAAGUGCCAGGAAAAGACCGGUCCCCUACCAUCGGCCGACCCCUCCCCCCUCCCCCUCCUCCUCCGAGUCCUCCUGGUGGUCCCGAAGCCACACCAGGUCACGAAGCAGGUCCUGGAGCCGCACCAGGUCACCCUCCUACAGCAGGUAAUGCGGCCCGGGUCAAGUCAGGUCGUUCAUCCAUCAGAAAGGUCAAGAGUUUUUUUUUUUUUUUUUUUUUUUUUUUUUUCAGUUUUAUUUAUUUAUUUAUUUAUUUUAUUUUAUUUAUUGAGGGGUAAAUUUUGGUGAUUAUAUAUUUUUUUCUCGUUUUCUUCGUUUUCAUUUUCUUUCUGCUAAUUUUCUUUUUUUUUUCUUUUUUUUUUUUUUUUUGUCUUCGUUGUUUUGUUUCUUUAUUGUCGUUUUUAUUCUUGCUCUUGUGUUCCGUCCUUUCAUACUGCAGUUCUUUCGCUUCUUCUCAUUUCUUGUUUUAUUUAUUUUUUUUUUCUCUCUACCUCCUCGUUCUUUCUUUUAUAUUUAUUUGCGAGAGACACCAGAAAGAAAUCCUGCCUUGGGGAAAAAAAAAAAUGGAAAGAAGAAAAAUUACAAUGUGGUCAGUUUGGAAAAAAAAAAAAUCACUGACAAAUUGAGGAGAAAGGAAAUGAAGAAAAGGAAAAAAAUAUAUAAAUAAAUGGAAAGGAGAAAAGGAAAGAAAAAUAGUGGUGCCAUUACUUUAUUUAUUAAAUAACAAUUACUCUUUUCUUCUUAAUGAUAAACAAGUGCAAUAUUUGAUCUAGUUCAGAGAGAGAGAGAGAGAGAGAGAGGGUGUCUACUCAAUGAAAACUGUAAAAGAGUGUGUGUGUGUGUGUGUGUGUGUGUGUGUGUGUGUGUGUGUGUGUGUGUGUGUGUGUGUGUGUGUGUGUGUGU